AUGUCGUCUACCGUCCUUGAGCAACCGCAAAUAACUCAAAUUGAACUCCAACCAAUUCAAUCUCCAUCUCCCGAUCCAGAUCCAGAUCCGCCUCAUGCCCAGGACAUAGUCGAGCGAUGGAACCACCCAAGAAGCAACAUUGCCCGUCUGGCAUUCGCGUUCCUAACAUCCAUUGUCGCAGGAAUGAAUGACGCAGUCGUCGGUGCUCUACUCCCAUCUCUUGAAUCCUACUACGGCCUCACAUACACAGUCGUAUCGCUCAUCUUCCUCACCCCCUUCGUUGGCUACUCCCUCGCCGCGUUCACCAACGCCCGAAUCCAUUCCACGCUGGGGCAGCGAGGCAUCGCUAUCCUCGCACCGAUAUGCCAUAUUAUAACGUACACGGCGCUGUCUCUCCAUCCUCCCUGGCCGGUGUUGGUGGUGUGUAAUGCCGUCAGCGGGUUUGGCAACGGCCUUACAGAUGCUUGUUUCUGUGCGUGGGUUGGGUCCAUGGACAGAGCGAAUGCUAUUCAGGGUUUGUUGCAUUCGUGCUUUAGCAUUGGGGCGUUGUUGGCGCCGUUGGUGGCUACGAGUAUGCUUGUUAGGGGAUUGGCUUGGUAUACGUUUUACUACAUCAUGCUUGGCAUUUCUGUCCUCGAACUCAUCGGCCUAACUAUAUCAUUCUGGCCCAAAACCGGCGCCGUCUACCGCGCUCAACACCAGCUCGGCGACUCUGAACCCUCAUCAACCCGCGCCGCUCUCAAGUCAAAAGUCACAUGGCUCUGCUCCCUCUUCUACUUUGCCUACAUGGGCGCCGAAAUCGGCCUGGGAGGCUGGAUCGUAACAUUCAUGCUCCGCGUCCGCCACGCAACCCCCUACGCAUCCGGCCUCACCAGCACCGGUUUCUGGACGGGCAUGGCCCUCGGCCGCGCGUGUCUAGGCUUCGUCACCGAAAAGUACGGCGAACGGCUCUGCCUAUCCGUGUACCUGGCGCUGUCUGUCGCCCUCCAGCUUCUCUUCUGGCUGGUGCCGCAGUUUGUGGUGUCGGCCGUGGCGGUCGCGUUCCUGGGCUUCUUCCUGGGUCCGCUGUUCCCCGGGGCGGUGAUGCUGACGGCGAGGUUGCUGCCGAGGAGGAUGCAUGUUAGUGCUAUUGGGUUUGCUAUGGCGGUUGGGGGCGUGGGAGGGACGGUGUUUCCGUUUGGGAUUGGUGCCAUUGCGGGUGCCAAGGGCGUUGGGGUUUUGCAGCCGGUUAUUUUGGCGCUUUUGGUGGUGGUUUUGGGGGUUUGGAUUGCGUUUCCGAGGGUUGAGAAGAGGGAGUGA